AUGGACGUGUCUUAUGAAACAGGUGCGUGCCGUGUGAAUAAUCUGAACGACUCAGCGCCCCGUGAUCCUUACGCACUCCAAUCGUCGGUGACAUACCCCACGGAGGCACCGGUUGAGGAUUCGGAACCUGCGUCAGCGCCGCAGUGCAACUCAGUAAUUGUGGCUGGCGGCACCAUUGACGGGUAUCUGUACAUCUGGCGCUUUGACUGGGAUGUGAUGUGCCGCACGGCUGGUGCGAAGGACGACUUCUCGCCCUUCUUCAGCCAGAUGAUUCCCAUAUUCGUGGAUCCCCAAGACGACGAACCGUCGCAUCGCAUUGUGUCAUUGCACUUUCUUCCGUCGCCGCAGUCGUACCUCUUGGCAAUAGCCUUGUACAUGGGGACCGUCGUCACCUGGGACAUCCGCAACGGCACACUCGAGGGCGAAAUCAACGCGUACUACACCGUCAACCGCCCCGUAACCAUCGCAAGGUGGACUGAAAAUAAACAGUUCAUUAUCAUAGGUGGACCUUCCGUGAUGUGCGUCGAAUGGGCAUCGAAAGUGGGAAUGACAGCCCUGUCAUACGAUCGCGUGUCUCGAGUCGCUUGCAGUGGCUCCUGCGACAACAUCUGCUGGUCUGUGGACUCGUCAGCCAACUUCGUGUACUUGGUUUACGACGACGGCCUGUUCGUGCAGGCGCCCGUCGUGGCGCUGACGAAGAGGAACGUGCAAGACGUCGUGACCAGUUAUCUGUGGGAACCCUUCGUUAAAGAGGACGAACCGGUUGCAAGCGUGGCAGAUGUGGACACCCAGGACCCGAUGGCAGCAGCGCAGGAGCUGGCGGAACUGCAGUUCAAGAUGGACAUGAAUUCCAUCCGAACACACGGGGUAUGCGUGACUCGUAACGGGAGCAGGUUCCGCGGCGCUCGGAAAGGCAAGGUGGAAUCGGACCGGGUCAUUCGCAACAAGGUGUACUCGCAUCACUGUGUGAAAGCGCGGAGCGUGCUUUUCAGCGAGUUCAGGCUGUCCUUCAUGGCGUACGGUGGGCACACCGGUCUAUUACACGUGAUAAUUAAGCAUAGCUAA